AUGCAAUGGAAGAUGACGUGUUUAACGAUAGCUGGAAUAAUGAAGAUUCAAGUAGUGAUGCGGAAGUUUUGUCACACAACAGCACUUAAAAAAAUUAUGAAUGGCAGUCUUUCUGAGGAAGAAUCCGAUGAUGAUGAUCAAUAUGAUAGUAUCGACUUUUAUAAUCCGAAUCAAUUGACAAAACAGACUGGGAAUUUAAAUGCAAAAAAUUUACUGACAACUAAGAAAAGCACUGGCAAAGGUAUACGAGAUAAUUGGUAUACAGCAGCCUCAGGGUCAGAUACGGAAGCAAACGAUCAGCUUGCACAUGUAUAA